CGUCCGUUAGCCAUGUUUUACGGUGGGGUGCCGUAGCGAGCUUGCGUCGUGCGAAAAUGAGUCUCGCGGGCGUGAGAGCCGACCUGUCGUGUAAUCGGUCGCGACGACGAUAAACGGCAUCGCGUGAACGCACGGCGGGCGCGAGUGGCAUGUGUCCGCUUCUCCGGCGAGGGAUCGCGCGCGUGUGCAACGGCGGUGGUCGUGCUCGGAGGCGGUGGUGAUCUCGGGUGAAGCCUUUCUCGGGCAGCACGCGCGUCGGAGUCUGUGUGACAGACCUGCUCCGACCCAAUGGAGCCGCGUCCUCUCGCCGUCCUGCUGGCUUUGUUGUUGACAGCGCUCGCGCGAGCCGACGCGGGAGGCUUGGACUUCACCAUCGAGCCGCAGGAUGUGGUGGUGGAACAGGGCGGCCCUGCGAGAUUGGACUGCGCGGCGACGAGCGUCUUCGGGACACCGAGCAUACAUUGGCGUACGGACGACGGUCAGCCGAUCACAUUUAUCGGGGACAGCUAUCGAUCGCAGCUAGCGAACGGAUCCUUGUACAUAAAUAGCGUAUACGCCGGUAGCGCGGAAUUAACCGGGAGUUAUCAGUGCUUAGCCUCCAUAGAUAAUGUCGGAGCGAUUGUCUCUCGGACAGCCACGAUCAAACUAGCAAGUCUGCCUGGUUUCGAAAGGGAACCUCAGGACACCAUGGUCUAUGCGGGACAGACGGCGUAUUUAAGUUGCGCCCUACCCGCCUCGUCGAGUUUGUUAAAGAUACAGUGGUUGAAGGACGAGCACCCGUUAGUGCUCGAUAAAAAUCGAAUGACAAUCCUACCGUCAGGCGCGUUGGAAAUUGACAAUGUUCAGUAUAACGAUGUUGGAUCGUACAGGUGUAAUGCCAGUGGAUACGGGCAAAAUAGACUGAGCAACAAAGCACAAUUAGGAUUAUUAUCUAGUGACAUCGAUGAGGGAUCUAGCGCUCCAGUAUUUAUCGCACAACCUUUACAACAAGUAGUUGCUGUAGUAGGAUCCGACGUAACUCUUGAAUGUGCUGCCAAUGGUUAUCCGAAACCGACGAUCCUUUGGCUUAAAGACGGUGUUGCUCUCGAUUUGACGUCAUUUGAUUCCAGGUAUCGUGAAGUUGCAGCCUCUAGUCUCGUAAUCAUGAACGUCAGAGAAUCGGAUCACGGUUCGUAUCAGUGUCGUGCAGAGAACGAAGUGGAAUCUCUCGACGCGGUUGCUGAGUUAAUCGUUCAAGUUCCACCGAAGUUUAUAAAAAAGCCGGAGGACAAAGUGGCGAGCGAAAAUCAGGAUUUGGAGUUCGAGUGCGAGAUCUAUGGAAAACCCGAACCGAAAAUUACUUGGUUGAAGAACGGCGAGCGGAUCACGUUGAGUGCAUACUGGCAGAUUGUCAAUGGAUACAAUUUGAGGAUCAACGGGUUGUUACCUAUAGACGCAGGAAUUUUCCAGUGCAUAGGAGUGAAUCCGGCCGGUAGUGUUCAAGCCUCGGCACGUCUCACGAUCAAUCAACCCAAGAGAACGAACCCUCGCAGAAUAACAACUCCCAAGACAGUUCCUAAGAAAAAGUUGUUACUUCAUCGGCAGUUGUACAACAAUACAUGGCAACACCCGAGCACUCUCUUAGGACACACGUUGUCAUCGCUCACGCCAAAUCCUCCGCUUUCUAUAAGCCCCUCCGACGAUCCCGCGGAUCUCCUUCCGGGUUCGGUCAAAUAUCCCAAUUCCCUUUACGAUCCAGCUUCCCGUUUUGUAGAUGAUACAGAUAUCCUGGAGGCAUUCGACGGCGGUGGAGUUCCCUCUCCGCCACGGAACUUGAGCGUGGUCAUCCUCACCGCGAGAUUUGUUACGCUACGCUGGCAGGAGCCUGAAAAUAUGAACAGUGACACCCUCAAUUAUUUCAUACAUUAUAAACAGGAGGGGGCUAUGAGAGAGAGAGUCGUCAACACGCAGAAACUAGAGGCUAUGAUACGCAGUCUGCAACCUAAUAUGAAGUAUCAAUUCCAUGUGGUCGCGCAAAACUCGCGAGGAACUAGUACUCCUAGUGAAGUAUUACAUGUCACGACGCUAAUAGAGGCCAAUGUUCCUGGACCUCCGAUGAAUCUAGAAGGUCAUGCGACGAGUAGCAUGAGUAUUACCUUGUCGUGGGAUGAGCCGCAAGUUAUUAACGGUCGAAUAUCUAAAUAUAUUAUUACAUUUAUGGAGGGUGAUGGUGAAGAAGUAACGCGUGAAACUACUAGUACAACGUAUGAAUUGGUAGAUCUCGUGCCUUAUACGGAAUACAGUAUUAGAGUUCAAGCGGUUAACGAGAAUGGCCCAGGCGCGUUUAGUAAGGAUAUCGCGAUUCGAACUCACAGCGCACAACCCACGCAACCACCACAUAAUGUUACGUUAGAAGCAGCUAGUUCAACGAGUAUUAUCAUAAGGUGGGAACCUCCGCUCGAGGGACAGAAUGGAAUUAUCACGGGUUACAGGAUCCGUUACCGUAGAUAUCCGCACGAUCCUCGUUCCGGCGAUCGACGGUCACCAAUCACGGUAACGACUGAAGGAAAUCAACGUUUGUACGUGCUCAAUGGACUCGAGAAGCACGUUGUGUACCAAGUCCGCAUAUGUGCCUUCAACGUCAAUGGAACUGGGCCUUGGACGGAAUGGACAAAAAUAGAGACGUACGAGAACGAUUUGGACGAAACGAAAGUACCCAACCCGCCCAGUAAUUUGAGAGCGAAUGCUAUGGCGGAUUCUAUCCUUGUUACGUGGCAUCCUCCGAAAGAUCAAAGUAUAAAAGUGAGGAAAUACAAGUUAGGCUGGGGUAAGGGUUACCCUGACGUCGAGAUCCAGGUCCUCGAUGGAAAGCAACGAUCUUACUCUAUCAAGCAUAUAGAACCAACAACAGAGUACGUAAUAUCCCUAAGAGCAACGAAUAAUAUUGGUGACGGUCCACCAACGUACGCAAACGUAAGAACUCCUGAACGUUUUGUAUCCGAAUCCGCAGUGCCUUUAAUACCACCGGUCGGCCUUAAAGCUAUCGUGCUCUCGGCUACUACCGUUGUGUUAUAUUGGACUGACACGACUUUAUCGAAAAGCCAGUACGUCACCGAUAAUCGAUACUACAUGGUACGUUAUACAUCCUACCAUCACAGCAGUAAUCCAAGAUACAAAUAUUACAACGCCACUGAUCUCAACUGUAUGAUUCACGACUUGAAACCCAACACGCAAUACGAGUUCACGGUUAAACUGGUCAAGGGUAAACGAAGCUCACCGUGGAGCAUGGUCGUCCUGAAUCAAACUCAGGAAGCUGCGCCUAGCACGCCACCUCGAGAUUUAAGUGUUCAGACCAUCGAAGAUCGUCCCACUUCUGUUCUAUUGCGAUGGCAACCUCCCAAGCAAGUCAACGGGCAAAUCACAGGAUAUCUAAUAUUUUAUUCCACCGACAACACAAAACGGGACCGCGACUGGCUACUUGAGGGUGUCAUUGGUGACAAAGUGGAUACCAUUGUGAAAAAUUUACAUCCCAGCACGACGUAUUAUUUCAAGAUCCAAGCACGCAAUUCUAAAGGAUAUGGCCCAUUCUCCACGACGGUCUCGUUUAAAACUCCACAAAGCAAUGGCAUGGAUGUCUAUGAUGAAUUGCAUGGUCGAGAUGGACGAGGUCUUUCGAAUCUACUGAUUUACAUCAUAGUGGGUUUCGCAAUCGUCAUUCUGACUGGUAUAUCAGUAGUGGUUGUAGUAUGCUGUAAACGUAAUCCAAAUUCGCCCGACCGAAAGAAAGGAUACAUGAAUGACUCGAAUCAGAAAACAAAUAUUAAACCACCGGAUUUAUGGAUUCAUCACGACCAAAUGGAGCUGAAAGCGCUCGAGAAGUCGUCGUUAAACGGCGAAGCUUCCACCAGUGGCGUCACCAGCAACACAUUACCCAGAUCGGGUAAUACCGAGUAUAAUCAGGAUAACGUACACGGAAAUUCCAGUUCGCUGGAUAAACGUACUUACGUGCCAAGUUACAUGGGUAACACUGAUGAGAAGUGCUCGACCCUGAGUAGACAGCACAGUCGUGGCAGCCACAAACCUAAACUAAUUACACUCCCCGUUGACAGUGCACCUUUGCAUCAGCCUAUAGCUACGGCUACUCCGAUUGUCAAUACCAGCAUGUCGCAGCCGACCAUCCACACGUCAUGUAGCGACACGUCGGUGAGGCAAAACUAUCCGCGUACAGUCGCGCAGUACAGCUUAAAUCGGGCCCACGUUACGUUGGAACCCACGCCGGAAUCCAGCCCGGAUUCUUGUAACAUGCCUAGUUCAUACGAGCCAUUACAAAGUCAAUUAUCGUACGGCACAAGCAGCGGGCAGUCGUACAGUGGAAACACUCAGUACGCCUCCAGUCAUUAUGGUAACAGUAAUCAACCGAUGAGCAACACCGUUGGGCUGGAGAGCAACAAUAGCAAGCGGUUACAAGGGCACCCUCUCAAGAGCUUCAGCGUGCCAGCGCCGCCACCGCAGAGUGCCCCUUCAACACCAGCGCAACAGAAGCAUGGUGUAUCACAAGUGACAGUAAGACCGACGAUGUCUGGGAGUCCGUAUAAAAAACCACAGAGCUCGUCGUCGCAAUUGGCGAAGAAUCGCUUAGCCUCCGUGUCUAAUCCAACACACACGUCGGAGGAAGUUGAACGGUUAAAGCCUUCGUACAGCACCGAAGAAUUGAAUCAAGAAAUGGCCAACUUAGAGGGUCUUAUGAAAGAUCUGAAUGCCAUAACAGCAUCGGAAUUCGAAUGCUAAAAUAGGUUCCUAAGCCUUGUGCCAUCUUAAACUGAUGGAUAGACUGCAACAUCACAUUCUCAAUGUUAGUACCUGAGAGGUAAAUUUAUUACUUUUUAAUGUUUAUAUUAAAUUUGUAUUUUCUUUAAUCAGCAUUUGUACAAUUACUAUUAUCGGAAUCAGAAUCGGGUGAUGAUGAUCAUGUAUUAGUUAAUUAGCGUCGAUGAACGGCGCAAUUAACACUCGCCUGGAAUGCUUCUAUGAUUAAACGUAAUUCGUACGUGGUGAUCGACGAUCUGCCGAAUCAUUCCAUUUGAUUGACGUUUCCUCUCUCCGGUACUAGCGUUGCUUACUUCGAAUGUGAAACUUAAAGUUGUACUUGCCAAUAUAUUCUGACAGUGUCACAUGCUUGCGGUGUAUUUUUGAUAACGCGAGCACCGUGCCGCGACUGACCGCGGGAAGGCUCGGCAAACACGAUUCGUGUUGAAAACAUUUACGAUUUACGUAAUUGAGUGUGAAUGUGUUGAGCGCGAUACCGAUCCGGACACGUAGAUUAUAUGACAUGACCGAUCCCGGUGCGUUUCUAUGAUGUGCGAAAGUCAAUGUACAAUUGAUGUCAAAUCAUGCGUGUAAGAAACGUUUGUGACGUUUCGCUUCAUACGCGUGAAAGUCCAGGGUGGUUUAGUAAGGUGACGCUCUACAAUUGUGCGUUGAUCAGAGCGGUCUUUUGCCUAAAAAAGAAAAAAAAAGUAUCAUACUACGCUUUUGUAGUUCCAGUGAAAAGCUCACGCAUUGCUCGUCGUUAUUCUGUAUUCGUACAAUUCGUAUUCGUAUAAUUGCAUUCUUGGUCAAUGCUAAUUGUCAUAUUUAUAGAUAAAAAUGCAUGGGAAGUGUGUAAGCUAUUUGGAGCGACUUAUGGUUCAAAAUGUGAGAGGAUCAAAAUGGGAAUAUUCGUUCUAUUUUUAUACCUAUUAAAAUCGGUUGCAAUUUGCGAUGAGCUCUAUUGGAUAUUCUUUCAUUUGGAAGCUCCUGGCGAAGCUUUUUACAUUCUUAUUUUUGUGAAACUGAGUUUAGGAGGGAAUGCAUAUGAGGAUAUAUAUAUAUUUAUAUACAUCUGCGCGUGAAAUUGACAACUUGCUGGAUGCAAACGAUACUCUAUUUUAUGCUUUAAGAAUCAUUUAAUGUUUUCGUAAUUUGUUUCGGACGACAUUAAUAAGAUGUUUAUGUUAGGUAUGUCGCUCUGUACUCAGCAUUCUUGGCAGCUCGCAUUUAAAGAUUUCGCGCGCGCAUCCUUUGUUGAAGUAACCACCUAGUAUUACGAUCUCAUUGGGAAAUAUUGAUUUAGAGUUAACGCGAAUAAAUGGGUAUUAUAUGAUAGGCCACAAUUUAGCAUUACGAAGUCAAGGAUCGGUUUUCCUUGUAGAUUGGUCACGAAGGAUGCAUGAAAUCCUUCACACAUGAACGUUUCGUAGGAUUUAAUAUGAUGCUUUUGAGCCAAUCUAUCGCUGUUUCUACAAUAGAUCCGUUCUACUUUAUCUUAAGCAGUAAAAAUUGCAAUUAUCGUCGAAUACGGUCCAUUUAAAUAAUAAAGCAAGUACUAUUCUUUCCACGAGUCGCUCUUGCGAGUUAAAGUAUUAUUGGUAAAAGUUGUAUACAAAUAUUUUUAGUGGGAUAUACAGAUACAUUGCAUGGAUUUGUACUUUACUUACUUGAAUACACGACCACGAGGAGUAAACUUCCUACGGGAGGAAAUUUUUAUAAACUUAAUCUAGUGCUCAAUUUUUAUCGGUAUCGGGAAUCGUCGAGAUAUACAUAUAUUCACAUAUUUCUAUUCAAACCAUUUUAUAUAAGUCAUUUUACUGCCAAUUAAUGCAUAUCCGUCAAAGUACAUACAUACAUACAUACAUACUUACCUUUUCUUCCAACACUAGAGAUUUUCAAUAAACAUUAAUGAAACGUGGGAGUGUUCGAACACUCCAGUUCGGAUAUUUGUUAAUUAUUAACAAAUAUGAAGACACACAUUGCUGGAGGCUACUAAUGCUUGUGUAGAAUUUCGAAUAAUAUUCAACCAUUUUUGGAACAUUUUUGUGUACUUUUACAGUACGCAAAGUAUUGUACAAAAUGUCUUGUAUAUUAAGAACGCGUUGUACGACAUGUGAGAUAGCUAGAAUUUGAGUAAUAUAAGCUUAAAGUUUUUUAUAUGUCUCUUUGAAGAUAAAAUGGUACAUUGGAAGCAGAUAUAUGUGCGUGCUAAAUUGCGAAAGUAUUGCAUAGUGUUUAAGUAACACAUCUCCAGGAUCCUAGGGGCUAUGAUCAAUAUUAAUUUUUUUAACAAUUUUCGCAUGUAGUAUUUAAGUUUUGAACGACUCGCAUAGCACAAAUCGCAAAUUUCGAAAAUACUGUUGCAAAGUAACAAUAAUGUUAAAAAACAGUGAUACUCUUUUAGCGUAAGUGCUACUAAAUUUUUAAUGUCAGUUUUUCGGUCCGACCAAAAUCGGGAAUCGGGGAGGAAAACAAUUUUGUAUGGUAAUUCAGAUUUAUUAUGUAUUACUCGGUGAUAGUACAUAGAAAUAAUACCGCCCAAUAUACGAUACAGAGUUUCUAUACAGAGAGUAAAUACAUUUUUUCGAUGUCGGCUUAGCUCGAAGAGAAUUGUAAGAAUUAUUAAUAUUCGAUUGUACGCUUUGUCAAGUGGCGCUAUAUAUUUAUUUUUUAUAAGUUAAUUAUAAAGAGAAUAUGUGUAUGUAUGUUAUUUAUAAAUGCGCAAUAUAUAAUAUUUCUCUCAAAUACACCGACGUGUUUUAUACUACGUUAUUGUUUUUACGUUAAUAAUUUAAAGAUUCGAGCAGAUUUUUACGAUCAUAAAAAGAACGUAGAGCUAUACCGAUAAAGAGAAACAGCUUGUAUAUGAAGUAUGCAUAUAUACAUAUAUACACACAUACAAUUUUCAAGUAUGUAUGUAUAUAGAUAUAUAUGAAAGUUGUAGCUAUUACGCUGUUAAAAAAGCAACAGGUACUUUUAAUUGAAAAACAGGCCUAUGCGAGGGCCUGUAAAAAUAUUUUACCACAAAAGUAUAAUUACUGUAGUUAUUACAGCGUAUAUAUAUAUUUAUCUAUAUAAAAUUGUACUAUUUAUUAAUUUUUACAUGUACGCUCUGAGUUUAUCGAAUAGAAAUGAAAUGAGGAACGUUAGAGGCUGGUUUGCAUCCGACUAUCAUCGCGUUGGCACAUUUCUUAUUCCCAUUAUUCAUCAACGAAUCGAUCAUCCGCGCACUAACGUUUAUAAAUUAGUAGAUAAAUAAAUUUUCUAGUAUUAGCAUUUAUAAAUUCGACGGUAAUAGCAACUAAAACCGACCGGCUUAUUGAUGUACAUAAAUAUUUAAAAAAAAACAAGGAACGAAUAUCACCACCUUAUAAGAUAAUGAUCGAGUAUUUAUAUAUAUAUAUAUAUAUAUUAUAUAUACAUAGCCAUUAUUGAAUAUAAUUCUUAUAUUUGUACGAUAUAUGAUAUAGCGAAGCCCGCCCCGAGACGAAGCAUUCAUAACAAGUGUGUGAUAAUAUUUGUAAAACUUGAUAUUCAAUAAACAAUUUUAUGUUCUUUAUAAA